AUGGAUAUCCACUGCAAAAAUUUAAAACUUCUAUGCAGGGUUUGUAGAAACUUUUUAGGGAAAAAACAUUACUUUAUUGAAGCAGUUUUAAAAGUUAAAAUAGAGACAGUAUUCCACCUAAAACUGAAUGAUUUAGUGAUUGUACAUCCUUCAAAAGUAUGCCUUAAGUGUUAUUGCACAAUAAAUAAUAAACUUAAAAGAAAGACAUCUUCAACGAUUCUUUUAUGUGAUGAAUGGCAGCCACAUUGCAAUGAUUGUUUUGCUUGUCAAUCAGUAGUAAAACUAAGUAAAGGUGCUAGUAUGUCUAAACUACAAGUUAGAAAUAAAGCCAUGUUUAUUGGACGUCCAAAAAAAGAAGAAAACAUUUCUGUGUGGACAUUUUCAAUGUUUAAUACUUUGAAAGAAAGUAUAAUAACAAUCCAUAAUGAUUAA